GUCUUAGCGCCACUAAAAACCAUUUGCCAAUUUGCCAGCAGCCAUUAUCAACAAACCCAAACCCCAAAACCCACCCAAACCACCCUCUCCUUCCCCAGCUUUGAGCUUUGACCCAACAACGCACAAACACUGAAAACCAAAAAGCUUCCUUUUUUCAAUUAACCCAAAACCCUUCUCCCUCUCUCUCUUUCUCUCUCAAACCAUGGAGGAAGAACCCUUGCAGGGAAGAAUCGAUAGUGGGUUCGAGUCUACCUCCACCGCCGGCGCUGCCUUCCUCCUCCGCCACCCCACCAUAAACCACCUCGUGAGCACCACUUUCUCCAUGUCUCUGGGCCGGCUGAUCAACCGGUCGACGGAGCUCGAUGAACCCCUCUCGGACGGCCACGAUGAGGCGCCGAGCGCCGGGCGUUCGAAGCGCUUUUUGGCUCUUGACGUUGUGUGGAACCUGGCAUUCGUUGUGGUCUCGGCGGUGGUGCUUCUGUUCACAAUCGAAGAGAGGCCGUCCACCCCUUUGAGGGUUUGGAUUGCUGGGUACGCUUUGCAGUGCCUUUUGCAUGUGGGCUUUGCCUAUCUCGACCAUCGGAAGACGUUUCGGGACGAACCUGAGGAUGUCGUUGGGCUUUCAUCGUCUGGCAGUCACAGCAGCCUUGUAAAAAGAUUAGAGUCCUUGAAUACAAUAAUUUCAUCCUUUUGGUGGAUGCUUGGAUUCUAUUGGAUUGUUGUUGGUGGCCAAACACUUGUGCGAAAUUCUCCUCGCCUUUACUGGUUGGCAGUGAUUUUUCUUGCAUUCGAUGUUUUCUUUAUGAUCUUUUGCAUUGGGAUGGCGUGUGUCAUUUUCUUCGCUCUGUUCUGUUGCAUUCCAAUUGUAGCAAUUGCUUAUGCUAUGACAAUUAAAGAAGGGGCAUCUGAAGAUGACAUCAGGAUUCUUCCCAAGUACAGAUUUCAUGAGGCUAAUUCAUUGAUGGCAUUUGACAACGAUAAGAACCAAACGGUUGGGACUAUAGUGGAGUUGGGCAACAAUGACUGCCCACGUGAACUUGUGCUUCGUUCUGAUGAUUCUGAGUGCUGCAUUUGUCUAUCACGGUAUGUAGAUGGGGUAGAACUGUAUACCCUUCCCUGCAACCACCAUUUCCAUUGUGGAUGCAUCAGCAGAUGGCUCCGGAUAAAUGCAACCUGCCCUUUAUGCAAAUUCAAUAUCCUCAGGGGUGAUAUGUUGGUCUGACAAGGCAGUCCUUUGAGGUGAGAUUGAAAAGGCAACCUGGCUUAAAUUUUUGUACAGGGGAAUUCGAUGCCAUCUUUCUAAGCAGUGUUUGAAGUGGGGAUUUCACAAGACAUCCUGGCUUGAAUUUUUCUACAAAGAAGGAAUCUGCGGAAAUUGAGAUCCCCAUCACUUGUUGAGCUGCUGACACCUACACAGAGCAACGGGGGUUUAAACCCUAGCUUUAUUCUCUUUCGCGCUCUGUUUGUGAAUAAUACUGUUUUUUUUUUUUUUCAUAACUUUUCUAUAUUUCUAUCAUGUAUGUAUGUAACAUUUUAUAUAUGUCGUUGGAAGGGGAAAGCAAACAUUUUCCGUGUUUGUGUUUUUGUGGAUUCUAUUCUGGUUUGCAUAAUAUUAUAUAAUGAAUUGACAGGGAAAAUCUUAAAAUGAAA